AUGGCGGAUCCAACGCUUUUUGCCCUUGCCCCGGUACAGCUGCCGGCUAUUUCCGGGUUGAAAGCGAAGACCAAGAAGGUAAUCGUAGUACGGCGCACAACGAGGCCCUCAGAGAAUGGAGAGAGCACCUCUAGUUCUGUCCCCACCUUGCCCAUCAUCAAGCAGAGGGAGUCGUGGACUGAGAGGGCUUACAGCACUUCGCCAAUCAGCGAAUGGAGAGAUACUGCAGCUCAGCAAGCUACAAGCAGUAGGACUGAGCUGGGGCAACUGCCUUCUCUUGGGGCGUCUGCUGACCACUUCUUAGUUGCUGAUGUCAGCUCGCAGAGAUCUGCAGAGCGUGACGUCAGCCAGGAUGCAAACCCCGACGAGUUUGGAGCGCUUAUCUUGGCCAACACAGCAAGAAUCAAGCAGGAAUCCCUCCAGGAGAGCUCCUCACAGUCAGAUGCGGCAGCGCAACUGGCAAACGAAAGCUCAGAGCUGACAUCAGGUUCAGACAUCCGAGAAGAUUACCCGCCAGAGAUUGCGGCUGCGAUUCAGGCUUCUGAGGAUGGAGGGGCUGCAAUCAAAGAGGCGUACGAGCGAAGACGGCAGCAUAGGCGGGAGCUUGCCAUGCAGGCAAGCCUCCUCCACCAGCAGCAGCAAGAAGAGGAAGAGCAUCUGCUGGCGAGUCAAACGAUAGUGGCAGGUGCAGAGGCGCGUGCGUUCGGAAAGUGGCAGGAGGCACAGGACGAAUGGGCGAAGGUCAAAAGGAGCGUGAUGGCUCAGACGGGCAAACCGGAGUCUGAGCUGGUGAUGGAGCGAGGCCCCGAGUUCCGGACCCUGAAGGAGGCGAAGGACCACCUGGAAGCUGCCAAGCCGACCGAAGAAAAGUUCUCGGGGCCUGCUAUGUGGGAAAUGAGUCUCCGGAAUCACUGGACCAUCUCGUAUCCGGUCGGAAACAUAUUCGGGCGCGUCUUCGCGCCGCCCUGCUCAGCCAGACCCAAGGAGCUCGAGCGGAUUGGGCGGCCGGAAACGGAAGCGAACGGAACGGAAAAAGGCUUGGGGACCGGAACAAGGUCGCGGUCCUGGUUGGAAUCAGAAACUGUGAAGCAGCGACAACACAAGCUCAGGAAAGAGAUGUUGAAACUGCAACCAUACGAGCCGGAGAUCGACGGCUUGCAGGUCGUCGGCUACAGUAUCGAAGCGGGUUUAUCCGCGGCCGCGGCCGCGCCCAUCACUCUCAAAGAGGUCGAGAAGGAGCUGGCCGCGAGCGACAACCACGCCUACACGCAGCUGCUCGAGGAGCGCGCGCGCGCGCCCGCGGCCGCGACGAGCGCGCUCCCGGCCGCGCUCGAAGAAACGCCCGGCCAAUCCGGCCCCGCGCUCGAAAUGGCCGCCGGGCGGGUGACGCUGUGCGCGGCCGCGGGAGCGGUCGCGACCGAGGUUUUAGAGGUUUCGAACACGGGAUCCACGGUGCUGUUCUACCGGUGGGAGAGGGAGGGCGACGCGGCCGCGGCGGGGCCGACGGGGAAGAGCGCCGAGGGUUUGGGGAGGUUUUACCAGAUGGACAUGGAGGGCGCGCUGCGGCCGGGCGAGCGCAAGGGUUUUGCGUUUUCGUUCCGGAGCCGCGAGCCGGGCACGUGGCUGGACAGCUGGCGGCUGGUGACGGAGCCGAGGGUGACGUCAGCGACGGAGUCGCUGAUCCUCAAGGGCAUAGCUUUCGAGACCGAGACCCCUUCGCGGGCAGCCUCUCGCUCGGAAGUCGAGGCGGACCUGGCGACGCGCGUGCGCGCGCGCGCGGUCGAGGAGGCCAUUCAAGCGCUCGUCGACGGCGUCCAAACCCCAAACCCGCGCGGGGCGGAGGCGCCGGAAGACCCGGAGGAAGUCGCCCGGGAGAUGGACUUUGUGCGGGCGAAUCUGGGAAGCGGGGAGCCCUUAUACUUCCGGCCGGACGCCAGAGCGUCUGCGAUUUGCGAUGCUGUUAUUGCUAUCGAAGACAGGGCGUCAGAAGCUGCAGAGGGGCAAACGGAGGAGGGGGCUUCGACGUCGAAACGACGCUGGGACGGCUCGGUUAACAGGCUGAACGAACGGCUAACCGCGCUUGGAACCGCGGGUGGAGCGGAGGGGUUAAGGCAGCGGUUUGGGGAGCUUAACGAGAAACUCAAGGUGCCGCCCAACCGACGCGCGCUACUGCGGCGCGCUGUGUACCUGGCGCUGACGUCAGCGGCCGACACGAUCGUGGAUGGCGUCGAAACCGCGCGGGAGGGCGACGCGCGCGGCGAGGCGGACGCGGCCGCGGCCGAGGGGCCCGGCGACGGCGCGCGCGGCGAAAGCGAGGAGGCGGGCGCGGAGCUAGCCGACGCAGAGCUCGACGAGGAGGUUUUGCGCGCGCGCGCGGAGGCGAAAGAGCGCGCGUUCAGGGAGGAGGCGGUUCGGCAAGCGACGAACCGGGCAGCUGAAGCGUUGGAUGGACUUGAGUGGAAUUUAGAAAUCGCCGAUGCGGCGGUCUGCACGAUACUAGACGGAAAGGUACGAGCGCUGCUAGAGAAAACGGAAAGCAGUCAAGCAGAUAGAGCGAGUCUCGACUGGGAAGUCUUUGCUUUGGAAAGGCAAAAGCAAAGGCUGUUGCACGGCUAG